AUGGAACCUUUAGUGCAAGAUGCUGCAGUGAUGCAAGGGGACAGUGCAGAGCCAGAGUUGAUUGAGCAGCGUGUUUUGCCUGAUGUCGAAGAGGGAGAGCCACGAGAGCGACCCAGUGAUACAGUUACAGUGCAAGAUGUGGUGUUGAGCGCGCAGAGCAGCAUACAAGCAUUGAAGGCCGCGUGCGAGCACUUACAACUUAAAACUUCGGGGUCCAAGACUCGGCUUUUCCUUCGCAUACAAGGCUACCUCGAGAAACAGCAAAUUGCACUGCAACAAGACAUGGCUUCAGAUGCUCGAAGUGGAGAGGAGCGACGCCCGCAAGCACAACCGUUACCGCGACCACCGUCGGAAGCCGAACGACUCAUUCAUGAAAUUACACAUCUUCCUUACGCCAGCUGGUGCCCGCAUUGCAUAAGCAUGCGAGCGAUGCCAGAUCGGAGUGAAGCAGCCCAGCAGCCACCACGUGAUGUUCCAACGGUGUCCUUCGAUUUUUUCUACACAGGAUAUGACGCAGAAGCCCACACAAUGCAAAGCCACGGUAAGCCUGGUGAUGGAGAGAACAGCGAUGAUCUUUUGUGUUGUCUUGUUGCACACGACAGCUCCACUGGGUCUGUUGUGGCCAUACCGUGCCAGUCCAAAGGAACAACUCGAUUUCUAGGUGUGGAACUUAUGCGGUUCAUACAUGGGCUGGGUCACACCACAGUCGAGCUUCGGUGCGACAAUGAACCGAGCACAAUAUCAUUGCAAACCGCGGUGGCUGGGGCUCGGAAAAGAUUGGGACUAAGAACGAUUAUUCGAAAUCCCCCGGUGGGGGCUCACGCUUCCAACGGUGCAGUGGAGAAAAGUGUGGAUGUUAUUCGGUCGCUGGCAAAUACAAUGAUGAGCAUGGUGCGCGAGCGUGUGGGCAUUGACUUUGGGGCGGACCACGCCCUGUUUGCAUGGUCGUUUGUGCACGCGAGCUGGACAAGAAACAGAUUUGCAGCUGUGGGCGGAUUGACGGCUUACGAGCGGGCGACGAACGCGCGUUACACAGGGAGGCUGGUUUGCUUUGGGGAACCGGUCUUUGGGCAAAUCUCUGUGAAGAAGAAAGGAAAUGCGCGUUGGGUUCGGUGUGUGUUCUUAUCCAAAACAAUCAGCAAUGACAUGUUCAUCGUCGCCACCCGUGCUGGAGUCAGGUUGUGUCGAUCAGUGCGUAGAACAAGUUCCGAGUGGGCUGUUGACAGAGCAUUGUAUCAGGGCUUGGCUGGUUUCCCGUGGGACUACUCAUCAGGAGCUGUGGGUACAAGGUUGGUGCCACCAGCCAGGACAAGGAGGCCGCAGAUCGCGGCAACUGCCGGAGACGAGGCGGCGUCAGACCCGCCAACUCCUGUGCCGUCAGGUGAUGGCUUAGCUUCGCCGCCACCGGCGGCCGAGGGUGAUGUUCCUACUUUGGGUGUGGGGCCCUCGAUUGAGGGUGAUGCUUUGCCGUUGCCAGUUGCAGCGGCAACCGGGCCACCGCCCGGGACAGCUGUGGCAGAGAUUCCUGUGCAGCCUGUGGAGAUGGGGCCGAAUCCAGCCCUUGGUGCGCCAGAUGUUGAGAUGCUUCGCACCCCCGAGGCAAUGUUGCCACCACUGGGUGAUACGGCCCAGGGUUCGGCGGGGAGCCGCGAUGUGCCUGCUGAGGCAGGUGGUGACAGGAAGCGUAUUCGUCUCAGAGCGGUGCAGUUUGGCAGCCACAACCUUGAUUAUCAUGAUGAUGAUGUAGCUUUGGAUUUUCCUGAGUUAGAGCGUGGUGAGCUUUGUGAACAGAUUGAAGCAGACAUUGACAAUGAACGCCCGGCGGCAGGAGAGUACGCUGGUGACGGCAGUGAGGGCACCACGGCCUUGAACGUACAGGGCCCUCCUAGUGAGCUUGAGCAGCUGCAAGCGCAGCUGUGGUUUGAAGACCACGGUGGACCUCCCGAGUUGAGCGAGGAACAACUCGCAGCACUAGAUCGUAUAGCGGAUGAGGUUGAGAUUCAAAGAUUGUCCAAGAAGGCGGUGAUUAGGCCAGUUGAGAUCGAUGAGGAGGAAGGUCCUUUGAUGCUACACGUGGAUGAUAAUUUGAUUUUGUGUCCUUUGACAUGGUUGCAUGAGUCCCUGGUACCGCUGAUCAAGUCACGAUUCCAGGCCACAGUGGAGAUAGCUUAUCGUGUCGGUGAUCAAAUCAGUUUUCUCAAGCGAGUUCACACAUUGACAGAGACCGGCAUGAAGAUUGCAAUCAGUGACCAUUACGCCAAGAGCAUGGCAAAGAUCCUUGAAAUUCGUGGUGGCACGGCUCAAACUCCAGACCUUGCGGAGUUCAGUGGCCAUGACACAUCGCAUGCUUUGUCAGAGCAGCAAGCAUCCAAGUACAGAUCAGUGGUUGGCAUUGCGCUCUAUGUGUCAGCCGACCGGCCAGACAUUGCACACAGUGUCCGCAAACUUUCUUCAGUGAUGGCGAGCCCCACUGCUUUGGCAUGGCGUGCGGCCAUACGCUUAACACAGUACCUUUUGGCCACAGCCUCAUAUGCUCUUCAUCUCGAGCCGGGUGAACCCGGAUCUUCGAUACUUCAUGGUGCUGUUGUGCCUGGAGGUGACCUUUUGGAGUGCUACACAGACGCGGACUGGUCUGGGAGCAAGGCCGAUCGUAAAUCAAUUGGUUCUUCUACUCACUGCAUUAACGGUGCUGUGGUUUACUUUGCCACGAGGACGCAGCGCUCUGUGUCGCUGUCAUCGAUGGAGAGUGAGUGGUACGCAUGUGUCUCUGGAUGCUGCGAUGCGCUAUUCAUUCGUGAAGUUUGGGAGUUCAUUUCGGGGCAAUCGGCCCAGAUGCAUGUGCUACUGGAUAACCAGUCUGCUCGAGCAUUGGCUAAGCGGCAAGGGGCCGCGAAGCAGGCCAAGCACAUUGCCGGACGACUUUUGUGGAUUCAAGAUUAUGUGAAGCGUGGCAUUUUUGCCAUACUUUCAGUACCGACGGCCACGAACUUGGCUGACAUCGGCACUAAGGGUUUGGCAAAGGCUCGGCUUCGUGCGCUCAUGUACAUGCACAACUUUGUAGAUGAUCGAGAUGAUGAGCGUGCCACAUGA